CAUCAAAGCUGUUCCGUGUCAGUCCGGCAUCAGCUGUGCUGCGCAGGGGAGGCGGCUCUCCUUAACAGGCCGGUCUGCUGCCCGCUUCCCUGCUACACACCGGACACGAUGGCUGGUGGCUCGUACACAAUAGUGGAAUAUUUCGGGGGAGAUGACGGUUAUCGUUGCGGUUACUGUAAAAAUGAAAAAGGCAACUUCUCUCACGGGAUGUGGUCCCACACCAUGACAGUACAGGACUACCAGGACCUCAUCGACAGAGGAUGGAGACGAAGUGGGAAGUAUGUUUACAAGCCCAUCAUGAACAAGACGUGCUGUCCACAGUACAGCAUCAGGUGCCAUGCCUUGAACUUCCAGCCUUCCAAAACCCACAAGAAGAUCCUGAAGAAGAUGAACAAGUUCCUGUCUAAAGGGGAGAUGCCUGCAGGAGGGAGUGGAGGAGAGCCCAUGGACUCAUUCUUGCAGGAGGGGGAUGUGGUGGAGCCGUCUGCUCUCUGCUCUGAGGGGGAUGUGGUGGAGCCGUCUGCUCUCUGCUCUGAGGACACCCAUUCUGUCACCUCCAUCCAGGAGGACCAGAGUUCAGCCCCUCACACAGAACCUGCUAGAAAACCUGCUGCUGCUAUUUCUGACAGCAGGCCAGCCCCUGCAGCACCCAAACCAGGGCUGGGGCCUGACCCGAGCAGACCUCAGUGCAGGAAGGCCAGAGACGUGAGGAAGGAGCGCCGCCUGCAGAAGAGAAAGCAGGAGGGAGGAGUCUCCGCCCCCAUGACCCCUCACCCUGCCACGCCCACCCAGACAAGCCAAUCAAAAGCCCUGGAGGAGUUCAUCAACAACUCCCUGCAUGAAAUGCCUGAAAACCCUCUGCACCGUCUAGAGGUGAGGUUAGUGCCGCUCAGCUCUGAGGACCCUCGCUUCGUGGCGUCCUUUGAGGCGUCAGCGGCACUCUACGCCCGCUACCAGAUGGCCGUUCACGCAGACGCCCCCUCCGACUGUAACGAGAGCGAGUUCAAGAGGUUCCUCUGCGACUCUCCUCUGGAGGCGGAGACCCCCCCAGAUGGGCCAGACGUGGGCUAUGGGUCAUUCCACCAGCAGUACUGGCUGGACGGGAGCAUCGUAGCGGUGGGCGUCAUCGACAUUCUGCCCACCUGCGUCUCCUCCGUCUACCUGUACUACCACCCCGACUUUGCCACGCUGUCUCUGGGCUCCUACUCUGCUCUCAGGGAGAUUGGCUUCACCAGGCAGCUCCAGCAGCAAGCCCCCAGGCUGCGGUACUAUUACCUGGGCUUCUACAUCCACUCCUGCCCCAAGAUGCGCUACAAGGGCCAGUACCUGCCUGCAGACCUACUGUGCCCGGAGACGUAUGUGUGGGUUCCUAUGGAGCGCUGCCUUCCCCUGCUGGAGCAGACCCUGUACUCACGCUUCCACCUGGACCCAGACGCAGGUGAUGCGCGGGUGCUGAAGGAUGUGGGCAGGGCCCUGGUCCUCUAUAAGAGGAGCAUCAUGCUCUACUCUGCCUACAGCCGUAAGCGCCGGGGCUGCUGUGACGAGGCGGAGGUGGAGCAGUACGCAGCGCUGGUGGGACAGACCUGUGCUGAGAGGAUGCUGCUGUACCGUGCCUAGCAACACAGCCACUCCCUCCUCUUCCACCUAUACAACCCCUCUCUCUCUGUCUGAGUGUCUCUGUCUCUCUGUCUCUCUCUCUGUCUCUCUCUCUCUCUGUCUGAGUGUCUCUCUGUCUCUCUCUGUCUGUCUCUCUCUCUCUGUCUCUCUCUCUGUCUCUGUGUGUGUGUCUGUGUGUGUGUGCUGCUUCACUCUAAAGCCUCACCCAGCUUAGCUCUCCACAUAUAGGCCCAACCAUGUAUGUACCAUGUAUGUGUGCAUGUUACUCACCUGUCAGUCUGUGCACCUUGUCUCUAAAUCAGCAGUGUUCUAUCUGUCACAUGUUCCAAGGAAGACUCCCGACUCAGUUUCAGGGAACACUUCCUACCAGUGGAAUGUUGAUUUGAAACAUUCAUAGUAUUGCAUUUAUGACUUCAUUAUAAUCCUGCUGCUGCAGUCCCUGUGAGUGACUCUGCAGUCCCUGAUCUGGACUCAUCAAGAUGGAGCUGCCAUGCCACCAAAACCAUGCACAAAAAACUACAUGAUCUCGUUGAUUUGUGAAUAACAAACCUUGUAUGUUUGUUUGUAUUCUUGUUUCUGGGUUUCACAUAUAGAGCUUUAUUUGUGGUUUGUUUUAUUAUCCAUAAUUUUCUUUUUGUUUCAACAAAUAAAAUAACUGAGAUCCAG